AUGGCACCAACAAAGUCAGAAUCGCCUUUAAAAAGGCUCGCACGGCAGAAUCUUCUUAAACUUUCCCAUCAUUUGCUUGUGUUUCACUCCCAUUUAGCCUAAGCCAAGCUUCAAUAAUUCCUAUUUAUUAAUUUUUUAAAAUAUUUAUUUAUUUAUACAAUAAAAAAAAUUUCAAUUAUAAGAUCUUUUUCUUUCUUUCCCGCAAAUCCAAAGCUCCAAAUCCCAAAACAAAACUAUGUUUCCGUUUCUCAGUCACUUCAUCUUCUUCUCCUUCCUCCUCUUUCUUUCCCGCCCUUGCUUUCCCGCCAGAAUCCUACCAGACAAAUCAACUGUCAUAACCGUCGCUUCCCACAACGCCACGUGGCACGAGUUCAUGAAAUUCCUAGACGCCGGGAGGGGAAGCCACGUCAGCGGCAUGUCCGAACUCAAGACUUACUUCAACCGUUUCGGGUAUCUCCCGAUAUCCUCCAACGACACGAACUUCACCGAUACGUUCGACACCCAAUUCGAAUCGGCCGUUAUUCUUUACCAGAAGAAUCUCGGUCUGCCCCUCACAGGAAAGCUCGACACCGAUACCAUAUCCUCUAUCAUGUCACCGAGGUGUGGCAUGAGUGACAGUGUCACCAACACCUCCCAUGGCUUCCACACCGAUCGUCGUUACGCGUACUUUUCCGGCAAGCCCCGGUGGGUCAACUUGACGCCGAUGACUCUAACAUACGCUUUCUCGCCGUCUGACAUGAUCGAUUACCUAAGUUCAUCGGAAAUUCGGAUGGUUUUCGAGCGAGCUUUUUCGCGGUGGGCGUCGGUUAUUCCGGUGAAUUUUACAGAGACCGGGAACUACUUAUCGGCCGAUAUCCGAAUCGGGUUUUACCGGGGCGAUCACGGGGACGGAGAGCCGUUCGAUGGGGUGUUGGGAGUUUUAGCUCAUGCUUUCUCGCCACAAAAUGGGAGGCUCCACCUCGAUGAAGCGGAGACGUGGGCCGUUGAUUUCAAUACGGUCAAGUCAAAAGUGGCCGUUGAUUUGGAAUCAGUGGCUACCCAUGAGAUUGGGCAUGUACUUGGGUUGGCUCAUACUUCGGUCAAAGAAGCAGUUAUGUACCCAAGCUUGAGUCCUAGGACAAAGAAGGUGGACCUCAAGAUAGACGACGUGGAGGGAGUUCAAGCUCUAUACGGGUCAAACCCAAAUUUCAAGUUUAGCUCUUUGUUAGAGUCUGAAAAUUCUUCUAAUCAUGCACCCAUUGGCCUAGAGAGAACAUUCUCUAGUUGGACAAUUUCCUUGACAAUGGUAUUUUUAUUAUUGUUUUUGCAUAGAUGAACCUUUUUCUUCUUUUACCUUAUACUUGUAGGUGAAUUUUACA